CCACAAUCGCAGCAUUAAGUCUAUGCUCGGACCCGUAAACCGUACCUACGCGCAUUCCCGGGACACUAUCACGCGCAUUAUGCGCGCACCUGAUACGCGGACGCGCGCUCUCGCGCUCUCGCGAUGCUUUGCUGCUGCCGCUCCCCGGCACUGGGUGUCCACCGGAGCUGGAAGAUGGGGAUUUUGAUGUGGGAUUCCGUAGUCCCGGGGCCGAACAGCCUCUCUUUCCCAGGCUCAUCGUUGGAUAUAUAUAAUUUCCAGCAGGACACCAGUGUAUAUCAUCUGUAAGAUGUACCUGAUUGAUACCAUUUGGCAUUGGGUUGAGGGGAAGAAAAUGAAACUAAUUGUGAAGAUCAAAUCAAAAUCACUUUGAAGAUUGUGGAUAAACUGAGUUAAUUAACAAGACGGGUCUCUGUGUAUGCUCGAGCUCUCCUUACAAUUGGAAUUGGAAUUCUGAUUGGGCAGAGUAAUGCUGCUCUGUGUAUCCUUGAGGAGGUCAAAUGCUAAGAUCCUUUACUUAAACAACAAUCUCUUCAUCUGAUUCAAGAAAUUUCAAUUGACCCAGCAUCCACUGCCUUUUUGAAGAGAUUCAGGCAUUAAUGAAGAAAUUAGCUGGUGUUGGAGACCAUGCCAGGAAUUGUGAUAUUCAGGCGGCGCUGGUCAGUAGGAAGCGAUGACUUGGUGCUGCCGGGAAUCUUCCUCUUUCUUAUUCAUACUACCUGGUUUAUAGUGCUUGCUGUAGUUCUCUUUGGCCUAACUUACAGCCCUCAAGAGCCAUGCUCGCUCAACCUGGUUGAUCAUGGCAGAGGAUACUUGGGCAUUCUCAUUGCCUGUGUCAUAUCAGAGGCUGCAAUAAUCUGGCUGAGUAUGCGAGGAAGCAUCCUUUACACAGAGCCACGAGAUUCCAUGCAGUAUAUUCUGUACAUCCGUAUGGCAAUUGUGCUAAUAGAAUUUGCGUAUGCAAUCAUAGGAAUUGUCUGGUUAGUGCGGUACUACCACUCCUGUAAUGACACUACUGCAAAGAAUGUUACUUUGGGAAUUGUAGCCUGUAAUUGGGUUGUUAUUCUAAGCGUCUGCAUAACAGUAAUGUGCGUUUUCGACAGAACAGGCAGAACAUUUGUGAAACUUCGCGCAACCAAACGGCGUCAACGCAACCUCAGAACUUAUAAUUUACGCCAUCGCUUGGAGGAAGAGCAAGCUAGUAGCUGGAGCCGGAGAUUGAAAUUUUUUCUUUGUUGUACUCGUACACAGGACACACAGACUGAUGCCUAUUCUGAAGUUGCUUUUCUUUUUGCCGAGUUCUUCCGAGACUUGGACAUUGUGCCCUCUGACAUCAUAGCUGGCCUUGUAUUAUUGCGUCAGAGACAGAGAGCCAAGCGAUUUGCUGUCUUGGAUGAGGCAAAUAAUGACAUUUUGGCCUUUUUAUCAGGAAUUCCAGUCACUAGAAAUACAAAGUACCUCGACUUGAAGAAUGCUCAAGAAAUGCACAUGUAUAAGGAGGUGUGCUACUACAUGCACUUUGCACUGGCUGCCUAUGGCUGGCCCUUGUACUUGAUGCGAAACCCAACCUGUGGACUCUGCAAACUAGCCAGCUCCUGCUCAUGUUGCUGCUUUUGCCUCCCUCGGCCCAGGUAUGCUCCAAGUGUGACAGUUGAGGAAGACAACUGUUGCAACUGUAACGUCAUUGCCAUCAAACGUCACUUUCUGGAUGAAAAUUUUUAUUUAGUAGAUAUCGUAUAUACUUCGUGCCAUGAUGCGGUUUUCGAAACACCUUUCUACGUUGCUGUGGAUCAUACGAAAAAGAAGGUGGUGAUCAGUAUUCGGGGGACUCUUUCACCAAAGGAUGCCUUGACUGAUCUGACUGGAGAUGCUGAACGAUUGCCAGUAGAGGGUCAUCAUGGGACUUGGCUUGGCCACAAGGGCAUGGUUCUAUCUGCAGAAUACAUCAAAAAGAAAUUAGAACAGGAGAUGAUUCUCUCUCAAGCCUUUGGCCGAGACCUGGGAAGAGGGACCAAACAUUAUGGAUUAGUCGUGGUUGGACAUUCUUUAGGAGCUGGAACUGCAGCUAUUCUUUCUUUCCUGCUCAGACCCCAGUACCCCACCCUACAUUGUUAUGCAUACUCUCCACCUGGAGGACUUCUUAGCUGCGAUGCAAUGGAAUACUCAAAGGAGUUUGUGACAUCUGUCAUCUUAGGGAAGGAUCUGGUACCAAGACUUGGUCUGUCCCAGCUAGAAGUCUUUCGUAGACACCUACUUGAUGUGUUGCAGAAGAGCAAUAAACCUAAGUGGAGAAUUAUCAUGGGCGGUACUAAAUGUAUUCCUAAAUCUGAACUGCCGGACGAUGAAGAAGUGACUAACGUUCAGAGUAACAGGCAGUGGACCUACCCCAGUGACCUUACUAUUGCCCUUUCUGCUAGCGUCCCACUCUACCCACCAGGUCGGAUUAUUCACGUGAUACACAACCAUCCUGAGGAUAAGUGUUGCUGUGGACAGGACGAGUCGACUUACUAUGCUAUUUGGAGUGACAACAAGACAUUGGAUGAGGUCAUCAUCUCUGCUGCUAUGCUGAACGAGCACAUGCCUCAUGUUGUUAUGGAUGGACUACACAAGGUCUUACAGAAUUACAACAAGGGGAAGACAGCUUUACUAGGAGCAGCGAAGGUAAUGGUCAGCCCGACAGAGGUGGAUUUGAAUCCUGACAUGGUUGUUCAGCAGCAGCCUCAGCCAACAAAAUAUGAAGACCAAAGGAGGAACACCAGUCUAAAGAGUAAAUCAAAAUCCGAACUGAGUUUUGAAGAUCUUUAUCAGACAAAACAGAAACAGUGCCAAAAUGAUUCUGUUGAGUUGCUUCUAAUGAACACUAAGGAGAGGCUGGUGACUGAAAUAGAGGAGCGUAGGGCUCCUCUUGCCACCAUGGAAAGUCUUUCUGACAACGAGUCUAUCUACAGUUUUGAUUCACGCCGCUCCUCUGGAUUUCGCAGCAUAAGGGGUUCUCCAAGUCUGCAUGUUGUAAUGGAGAAAGAUGAAUCACAUUGUUUUUACAUUGAUCCAGCAAUUCCAGAGGAGAAUCCUUCUCUUAGUUCCCGGACUGAGUUACUUGCUGCAGACAGUUUAUCUAAGCAUUCUCAGGAGGUGCAACCGCUUGAACCACUGCAUAACAGCUGUUAUUCUCUGCCUAGUCCCCUUCAAGCGGACCUUGGUGAGCAGGAGAACAAACGAGCCACAGAGGUGGAAGCAGAUAGUUUUUCAGAUAAGUUGCCAGUGGAAGAGGAUAGUAAAGAAUGGACAGAAAGCCUGCGAGAAGUGCCAAGUCCACAAGUGCUUGAGUUUGCUGAGUUUAUAGACAGUCUUUUCAAUUUGGAUGGAAAAAGCAGCUCCUUCCAAGAUAUUUAUCAUUUGGUACUUGAUGAUAGUCUAGAAGAAUAUAAUGAAAUUCCCAAGUCAGUAAGUGAGCAUGAGAUCCUGAUGCGGGCACAGUUUGAACCCAACUUAGUGCCAAAACCACCCCGUCUGUUUGUCGGAUCAGCGGAUGCUGGGACCUCAUCUGGGAUUUCGGUCUCCCCAUCCUUUCCAUUCAGUUCAUCAGGUGAACUGAUGGACAUUACUCCAACCUGCGUAAGCAGCCAGGAGUGCCUGACUAUGGAUACAAAGUUGAGAACUUCAACUCCAGCAGACCACCAACCUAACUCUAAUAAACCUGCAGAAGUUAUCAUCUCAGCUCUUUAGAACCUCUGUAAACUACUUAACAGAACAUAUUAGCAUGCUGACUUUGAAGUGUCUUUUUCUUUAAAGAGAUUGUGAAACUUAAAGGAUGUGCAAACCACUUGGGCCCACAAUGGUAUAAUAAUAGAACUGACCCAGUAGAAGGACCAUGUUGGAAUAGGAAGUCAUGAUCUGACCAGCAGUUGUCACAUUGAAGGAUCUAUCAAUAUGGGGGAUGUUGUUAACCUGCACUGAAAUUAUGCAGUCUUUUGUUAAUCUCCUGAUCGAUGUGUGAGUAAUGAACAAGGUGAAUAAGAUGACUAGCAUUUGAUUGAUUGAUUACCAUGAGAGGGAGAGUAUUAAUUUCCCUAAAAGUUAUUGUUUUAUUUUGAGAUUGAUAAGUUUUUUUGUAAUGGAGUUUCAAAGCAGGCUUGUACCACCCCAAAGUUAGCGGCUUUGAUUAUGGUUUUAACCUAGUAUUGAAGGAAACUCUGCAAAAUAAACUGGACCCAUUAGUGAUAUGUGGCAUUAAUAGUGAACUCACCAGUACCAGAAACACAGGGAUUAUAGUACAGGAUCACUUAAAAGCACAUUUCAACCCUAUCCUCU